AUGCCGCCCGCAAACACUCCUUCGGAAACGCCCGCCUUUUCAUCUACCGUGGUGACGCCAUAUCCGCAACUAUUUGAUUCGAUUUCGAACUCGACACAUAGUAACACGGCUGCUACGUUAAACCAUCCUGUUGAUAUCAACGAUGCAAAUGAUGAGAACGUCAGCUUCUUGCGAGCACGCCACCACUCCCCGCCCGAGUCAUCCGCCAGCAGUCGUGCUAGACGCAGGCGCCUGGCUCUCCUACCAGAAGUCGACCUCGAGAGCAUGGGUAUAGAGGAACAGAGACGUUCACGGCCGCCAGGAGAAACCAGUCGGCGGUUUCCCGUCGUUCGGCGACAGCGUGAGGACGUCAAUGUGGUCCCGAGUUACGAAGGGCGACUGUCAAGCCCAAGAUCUCUAUAUGGAUGGGCUCCUGCGCCAGAAGAGGAGACGAAUGAGCACGACGAGCGGUAUGGCCUUCCACCCAACACACAUGCCGACAGUGUUUGGUUUGGCAGAGGCGGCCCUUCGGACCAAGCCACCAUCGGCGAGGCAACUGUGCCGCGGAUUUCGAGACGAGAUGUUAUAGGAAGGACGUUGCCGCCAUACUCGGGAAAUAUUUCUGAGCGGAGUGAAUCGAAUCUUCAGAAUCGGACGGCUCCCAGCACAAUAACAGAGGCAUUGUUACAGUCCAUGCGCCGUGGCUCCAGGUUUGCCUCUCGAACUCGCACGCUUCAAAACUAUAUCUUGGAACGGGAACGCACUGGUGAACAAGAAGCAGAGGAAAGGGAAAGGGAAAGGGAGCGGGAGCGGGAACGGGAACGGGAACGUGAGAGAAAUGGCACUUCGUCUCUGCCACGUGCUCUCAGAAUAAACCUGAGGAACAUACAUGGGGAUCUACGGGACAGAGUGAACACACCGCGGCACUAUCUGAGAGAAAAUCCACCCAGUUCGAGAUUGAGGGAUACAAUAAAAUAUUUGCAAGGCAUUCGUUUCUCGAACUCGUUGGAAGAGAGCGUGUCGUGCGCUGUUCAAGGAGGAUUCGUCCACGAAGAGUAUUACACAGAAACCCAGAACGAUGUGGACUUCAUCCUGGAUACAUCAUCAAUAACACCACCGGCCAACUGCUCAUGGUUGCAGGCAGGGGCGGUAUUUGUUGGAUCGCAAAAAGCAGCCCAUAACAAUGUAGCAAAUCAGAACCUUCAGAUGCUUGGCCACCGGUUAUCGUCAAAUCAGUCGCAGUCAAGCACUCCAGUUUUGACUAAUGAAGGUGGUAAUACCGGUCGCAUCAGCGUGUCAACAACAAGUGGCCGACGAUAUUGGGCGAACAACGUUCAUCAGGCGUCUGUGGCCAGAGAUUCCAAAGACGAGCAUUGGCCUGUAAAGGUCACUAUCCAUAGUGUUGAUUAUUCUUCCAUGUCUCUGACAGGGUCCAUGGAGGCAUAUAAUAUUCCAGAUAAAACGUCACCCACGCUUGAUGCUCACAUUGUCACUUUCCUCGAAGGCGAGAUCAUUGAUUUAAACGUCCAUUCCCUGGAGACGACAAGUUUCAAGGCCGAUGCAGAUAUCGACAGCACGUAUUGGCGAGAAUUGCAGCCUUUCAAGGAUCUAUCGGAUGAGCAGAUGAUCAAAAACCUGCUGAGCAGGAAAUGGAUGACGGAGGAAUUGAGAAACAACUGGAUCCUGAUGCGAUGGAAAGAACGUUGCUUCAUCACGCCCACCGACUCGCGGCAGGGUCUCACAAUUUCUGGCUUUUACUAUAUCUCUCUACGCCGCGACACUGGAGAGAUUGAGGGACUGUAUUACGAUCCAGGCAGUUCCCCGUACCAGCAGCUGUCUCUGAGGCCAGAGAGACGGAACAUGACAUUCUCAUCUUAUGAUCUUCGCUAA